AUUCUCUCCCUCCAAGUUGAAUCUAAUGCUCUUUAAAUACCCCCCACCACUCAUCCCCCCUUGCUUUUCAACUCAAGUCUUCACUUCUCUCACCUCAUAUCCUAUACAACUUCAAAAACAAAAAAAGCAAUGGAAGGAGGGUAUCAGAAUACCAGAUGGGAAGGGUAUGUGGAUUGGAGGAAUAAGCCUGCUUUAAGGGGCAAACAUGGUGGCAUGCUUGCUGCUUCCUUUGCCUUGGUUGUGGAAGUGCUGGAGAACUUGGCCUACUUGGCAAAUGCAAGCAACCUGGUGCUGUAUCUUUCAAAGUACAUGCACUUAUCUCCAUCAAAAUCUGCAAACAAUGUCACCAAUUUCAUGGGAACUGCUUUCCUUUUGGCUCUCCUUGGUGGCUUCUUGUCUGAUGCUUUCUUCACCACUUACCACAUCUACCUCAUAAGCGCACUCAUCGAAUUCCUGGGCUUGAUCAUUCUUACCAUCCAAGCUCGGACACCUUCCUUAAAGCCUCCAACAUGUGAUCCAUCCACCACCCCAUCUAUGCCAUGCCAGGAAAUUGAUGGUGGGAAAGCAGCUAUGCUGUUCAUAGGCCUUUAUCUAGUGGCACUUGGUGUUGGAGGGAUAAAGGGGUCCUUACCAACUCAUGGUGCUGAGCAGUUUGAUGAAAACACUCCACAAGGAAGGAAGCAAAGAUCUACUUUCUUCAACUACUUUGUCUUUUGUCUCUCAUUUGGUGCCCUUAUUGCUGUCACAUUUGUUGUGUGGGUUGAAGAUAAUAAGGGAUGGGAGUGGGGUUUUGCCAUCUCCACCAUUGCAAUAUUGGUGUCAAUUCCAAUCUUCUUCUUUGGCUCUACCUUUUAUAGGAACAAAAUACCCUCUGGCAGCCCACUUACAACCAUUUGCAAGGUACUGGUUGCAGCUAUGCUGAACGGUUGCAUGAGCAGAAACUCAAGCAAUGCAAUUGCUAACCUCUCUGCAAGCCCUUCUUACGAACCUGAAACCAACAAGGAACCAGAAGAAAAUACUAAACAAACAGAUGAAAUCCCAACCCAAAGCCUUAAAUUCCUAAACAGAGCUGUGGUGAACAAGCCAGCUCACCCAGCACUCGAAUGCACGGUGAACCAAGUAGAAGACGUCAAGAUCGUGCUAAAAAUCCUCCCCAUAUUUGCUUGCACCAUCGUCCUCAACUGCUGCCUAGCUCAGCUCUCGACAUUCUCGGUCGAACAAGCCGCUUCCAUGGACACCAAGCUGGGUUCAUUGAAAAUCCCACCAGCUUCACUACCGGUUUUCCCUGUAGUGUUCAUCAUGAUCCUAGCCCCAGUUUACGACCACUUGAUCAUCCCAUUUGCUCGAAGGGUAACCAACACCGAGAUGGGCAUAACUCACUUGCAACGAAUCGGAAUCGGUUUAUUCCUUUCCAUAAUAUCCAUGGCAGUGGCCGCACUUGUGGAAAUCAAACGAAAAAGAGUAGCAACCGACUCAGGCCUACUCGACUCAACCGCUCCAUUACCCAUCACCUUUUUUUGGAUUGCUUUGCAGUAUCUGUUCUUAGGUUCAGCUGAUCUUUUCACCUUGGCAGGGCUACUAGAAUUUUUCUUCACUGAAGCACCGUCAAGCAUGAGAUCAUUGGCUACUUCCCUUUCCUGGGCUUCUUUAGCAAUGGGGUAUUAUUUAAGCUCAGUGAUUGUAUCGAUAGUAAACAACGUCACUGGUAACUCAGGCCACUCUCCAUGGCUGUCUGGUUAUACAAUAAACCGAUACCAUCUCGACAGAUUCUACUGGCUCAUGUGCGUGCUCAGCACACUGAAUUUCUUGCAUUACCUUUUCUGGGCCAUGCGCUACAAAUACAGAUCCGCAGGAGCUGGAGCUAGCAAGUAAACAAAAACAGCCAGCGCCGUUUUCAUAAUUGGGGUUUGAUCAAACUUUAAAAAAAAAGUCACAUUUUGGGAGAAAAAAAAAAUUCAGACAAGUUCAAACUUCAGCUCCAUGUUAGUUUCAUUGCCACACUCAGUGCUUAUCAAAUACUGUUAAUAUUAAUAACAAAGUAAAUGGGCUACAAAACUGGCGGCUCAACAACGUUUGCUUUGCAUUAUUUUGUUCUUAGCCUGCAAUUGUUCGUUCGUUUGUCUUUUUUUUUCUUUUAAUCAAAUUAUAGUUUUCGUGCAA